CAGGGGACGUCGCCCGGCGCCGCCCGCCGUGCCAGCAGCGGCCCAUCUGGCGGCGCCGCCGCCGCCGCUGGCGGGAGCCCCGGCGAUGCGCCGCUGUCCUCGAGGAUGGCGUCGGCCGCCGCGGCGCGCUCCCGCCCUCCCGACGCGCCCGGCGCCGCGGGAUCGCUGGCGCUGAGGGGCGAGGCAGUGCCCAGCAGCAGGCCGUGGAGGAGGCCGAAGGGGAGCCCGCGGGCCGCGCGCUCUGCAGGUGGCCUGCUGCCUGCUGCCGCACCAGCGGGAGGGCGUGCGCUUCAUGUACUCCCACAUCUUUCGGGGUCGCGGCUGCAUACUUGCGGACGUCAUGGGCCUCGGCAAGACGGUCCAGGCGC